AUGGACACAUGCGCCUGCGCUUUGGAGCUGCUGGGGAUGCUGUUGUAUGUCGGAGCGUGGCUGUGCGCUUUAGCCACCACUAUCUUACCACAGUGGCUGACCAUGUCCACUGCGCUGCUGCCAAUAGAGAGUUACGAGCUGGGCCUGUGGGAGACAUGCGUGGUGCAGGAUGUCGGGGGUAUGGAGUGCAGAUCGUAUGACAGCCUGCUGGGCCUUUCCAGUGACCUCAAGCUGGCUCGCAUCCUCAUGUGUGCCUCCCUCGCAGUGGGCUUGCUGGGAAUCCUGGUGACUAUACCUGGACUUCACCUGAUCAACAGCUGUAGAGGGAACAGAGGCAAUCGAACCAAGAGGUCUUUAACCACCAUGGGAGGGGUGCUGGGAAUGGUCUCUGGAGUGCUGUGUCUGAUCCCCGUUUCCUACAUGGCCCAUUUAGCCGUGAUACAUUUCUUUGACGAUAAAGUACCUGAGGUGGUGCCACGAUGGGAGUUUGGAGAUGCCUUGUUCUGCGGCUGGGCAGGAGGAUUUCUGCUUAUAGUGGCCGGGUUGAUCUUGGUCACUUCUUGCUUAUGUUCACAAGAGGAGCCUCAGCCUGCGAUGCAGCGGAGGUACCAGGUGAUGAGUACUGAUGCUUCCCUCAAGAAGCGGUUGGAGUAUGUUUAA